AACAAAAAACGGAAGUUCCUAGACCAAAGUUGACUGGUAGCCAAUCUUCACAUUCUUAUUAGAAUAAGGAAAAUAGCAUCUCACUAACAUUAAAAAACCUUUAGUAUUUUAUAUGAUUAAUUUCGUCAUUUUAUUUACUGAAGCUCGAAAGUCCAUUUGCGUAUGAGUGAUGGCUAACAUAGCCGAGCAGCGGAUCAAAAGGGAGUUCAAAGAAGUAGUCAAGAGCGACGAGGUAAAUUUUAACUUUGAAGAUUGAAUUGAUUGUCAUGUUAAAAAUUAAACUAAAUUAUUGUAAUUGUACCGUCAUUAAUAACAUUGGUUCAAUUCAAAACAGAAAUGUCGAUAAAGUAUUUUCAUAAAAAGUGUUGAUGGGGAUACAGAUGGAUGGGAACUCCAAAAAUGUGUACAGGAGUUCAAUAAGUCUGAGGCCCAGGCGAUAACACUUGACACUUCUGCGAUAACACUUAACACUUCUGCGAUAACACUUGACACUUCUGCGUCUAUUGCCUCAGGCCUGCCAACCCUUAGUGCAUGAUACCAUCACUAAGUGGCCCUUGCAACCAGUGAAAUAUCUUCGUCAACACCAGGCACAGAAACAUUGCAAAUCCCUUCUACAUGCAUAGGAACCAGAAAGAUCAAUAAAUUAAUCAUGGGCAUGGGCCCUUAAUAUUCCGAUUGGUGCGCCACUUAUUUCCCACGGCCACCAUCUCGGUUUCCAUGACAGCAGAAUGUCAUGGCAACAAAGAUGGCAGCUAUGUAAUUAAAAAAAAAAGUAGUGCAAACACAUGUCUGCUAUAACUGGGAGGGGAAAAGAAAAUGGGAACAAAGUUUUAAAAUUUAAUGAAAUAAUUUCAGCCGGCACCGUACAUUAAUUUUGGGUUAACGGUAUGGGUUUUGCCAAGAGUUUUUCAUCCUAAGUGCAAUGAUGUCACUUUGGGGUAUCCCAGCACUGGACUUAGGGUGAAUAUACCAUUCAUUGCAGGACCCUGACAAUUUGUGUUAUAAUAUUUCUGUUCUUUAAUGAGCAUUACUCACGUCAUAAACGAUACGGUUAAUAUGAAGUAUCUUUAAAUGAAAUUUUCCAUUAAUUUGUAUGAAAAUUCAACUUACGCAUUUCAAAAGAAAGGAAAACACAUCCUUGCUAAUACCCUAAGACCAAACACUGGUGAAAAAAAAAAGAAGCGAGCCAAAAUUGCUUUAUUUGUAUUAGUUGAAAUCAAAUUACCUGUAUAUUAAAACUUUGGUAUCAAAAGGGUGACUACUGCUUAAAUUGCAUUUGGAUUGAUCUUCUAGGGACUGGGGAGGGGAGACCGCUCCCCAAAAAUCCUCUGGGGAGGGGAGACCCCCAAUUUAAGAAAAAAUAUAAAAUUAGAAAACAUUAACUUGCAUUAUGUGAAUACAAACAUCGAAAUCUUUUUAGUAUGGCACUGUAGAGGGAAGUGGACCUGGGAGAACCUCCGUGACAUAGUUACCGUGGAAUACAUCAGCCGCCGUACCGCUAACCCAAAAUCAGCCCUAAUUUGUGUUAGCAACUUUAUUGUAUCACUACAGAUCAGCAGAACUAAAUGUCAAUGACAUAAGGUCAUCCCCCUUCCUACCCAUAAUUUCAGGCAGUACAUUAAUUUCAUGGCAAACGUAGCAACCUUAUUGUAUCCCUUUAGAUAUGCUGCAAGAAGUGUCAACAACCAGCUGUUACUCAUUUCCUUCAACUAAAACACAUGUGCUACAGUUAUACACUGUGGUAAGAAAAGUGGGCCAAUGCAGACCAUUCGCGCCAUGACAUUUCAUGUUUUUGUUACGUUUCUGUUUUGGAUUCACUUCCCUUGUUGUUAUUACUAGAGUUAAAUUUUCCUUAAUAUGACGAUGGAAUGUUUUAAGUUAAAAUUGUAUUGGUUGGUUGGUUAAUUAUACUUUUAAAAUUUCAUUGGUUUGGUAAGUAUAAUAUUUAAUUUUUCUGCCAUUUAGGAAAAUAGGUUUGAUAUUGUAUUCAAUUCUAUUUAUUUUCUGACAACUUUUAGAUUUUGUUUCUUGUGGAACCUGAAAUAGUUUGAAGUGCAUUCUAUGAAACUGUAAUUUGGGUUUUCAUUAUUUUACAAUUAUUUUGUGUUUUUUUCCUUCAUUUUUAUAGUUUUCUUACCACUGUAGCCACACACAUAUUUUUUACUUGAGGUUUAGGCUUAGGGUUGUUAGUUUUAGGGUUUAGGUUAGGUUUAGGGAUAGUUUUAGGGUUCUGGUAAGGUUUAGGGUGUAAGAUUUGAGCAGAGUUUUUUUUACACAGCCGCCAUCUUGGUUGCAUGACCCGUAACCUUUCACAGAUCAUGGCAACCAAUAUGGCAGCCAUGGGAAAUACCAUGGCACGGAUUGUCUGCAUUUACUAAAUAUUACCGAUAAGUGUAAAAAUUAAGAAAAACAAUGCAAAAUAUUUUUUAAAUAAUGAAAACCCAGUUUCAGAGAAUAGAAUACACUUCAUUGCAGGUUCCACAAAAAAUAAAUCCAAAAGUUGUCAGAAAAAGCAAUACAAUACCCAUUUUUUAAUAUGCUGGAAUAUUUAAAUAUUAUAAUUAACCACACAAUGAAAUGUUAAUUUACUACAUUCCAACUGCAUAUUAAUAUUUAAAAAAAGAAAAAUGAACUUAACUCUAAUAACAAUCCAAGAAUAAACAAACGGGAGAGAAUCCUACAAUGAAACUAAAAGUGUUGCGACGAACCAACAUUAGCCAGUAUAUACAUACAUACAUACAUACAUAUAGUCUAUACUCUAGCACUUGCUGUUGGAAUAACUUAAUAUUUUAUAAAUCCAUCAAUCCUAGGGGUGUGCCGGAUCCGUUUUUUCCAACCGGAUCCAGAUUUUCUUAUGUGAAAUCCGCCGGAACCGGAUUCCGGAAUAUUCCGGAUUCCGGUUUCUCCCGGAUUCCGGAUUUUGGUACUUUGCAGAAUAUUAAACAUUAAACAAGCUCAACGCUCGAAACAAUCGAUUAAUGUAUCGUGAUCGUGUGGAAUUCGGGAAAGAGAAUGGGAGUCGCUUAGUCGAUUGAUUUGUCACGUGAUGUGAGUAAAAACAAGUGAGACUUUCGGUAGGCUGUAUACAACACACUAGUGCUUGACAACAGUAGCCCGAUACACACUACAACUACACUACAUUUCGUCCAAUGAAAAUUAACAAUAAAAUAAACAAAGGGGAAUGACUCCUGCAUCAAUAUUGAAUAAAAACGCAAAUGACGUCAUGAGCACGCACGGAGCUCAACAACAUCCUGCCGAUAAUAGUAUUGAUAGUUCCCAUCGAAUAUCGCUCACAAAUUUUUCUUGAAAUAACUUUCUUCCUUUAAUCAUAACUGACGUAUAUUAUAACAGUGUAAAUACCUAAAGUAUUAAAAAACGCAUGUAUUCCAGAAUAUUUCGAAAGGUAAAAUUUUUAAGUAACAUGACAUUGGGGAAGCACUGAUGAAGUAUCUUUUGUUGUGUGUAGCAGCCUAGUGAUGGCUUACUCACAUCACGUGACCAAACAAGGAAGUGACUAAGCGACUCCCAUUACUUUUAUUUCAGAUUAUGAUCCGGUGAGUCACAAAAUCUGGCAAAUUCCGAAAUCGGGUAUAUUCCGGAUUCCGGUAGUUCCGGAUACAUGUAAAUCCGGCGGAACCGGAUUUCACCGGAUAGUGCAAAAUCCGGCGGAACCGGAUUCCGGCACACCCCUAAUCAAUACCCUUAAGUGAAUCCUUGCAUUAGUGGUUAAAUUCUAUUGAACAAUAUGCUUAACUCACUGGGCUAAAGCAAUGUAUAUUAAUUAGUGUAUUCCUUUUUAGAACAGAAGAGUCAAAUCUAAAAAUCAUAGAUAAAUUGUUUUGCUUAAUUAUUUCAAUAAAUAGAAUUGUGUUUGAUAUGUUCUAUUGUAGGUUGCUGCUUGUAAUAUCAAAGUUGAACUGGUAAAUGACAACUUUACAGAGUUGAGAGGGGAGAUUGCUGGUCCACCUGACACUGCAUACGAAGGAGGAAAGUUUAAGUUAGAAAUAAAAAUUCCAGAAACUUACCCAUUUAAUCCACCACAGGUAUUUAAAACGUUAAUCAAUUUUUUAACAUAUAUAUAUAUAUACAUGCUUUGCAAGGCGAUUUUUCUAGAGCUGCGCAGAAUUAGUCAUAUCAGACCUUUCUUACCGUUAGAUGCAUCAAAGAUGCUGAUGUCUGCAUUCGUGCUAUCACGCAUGGACUACUGCAAUGCUCUUAUGGUGGGUCUUCCAGUACGCUCCUAGAUAAAAUUUAAAAAGCACAGAAUAAUGCGGCUCACAUUGUUCUUCGCAAACCCAAAUUUGACCAUGCUAAAACAUUUCUGAGAGAGUUGCAUUGGCUGCCGGUCCGCGCUCAUAUAUAGGGUACAAAAUUGCAACUCUGUGCCACCGCUGCUUGCAUGACCUGGCACCGUCCUAUCUCAAAGAGCUGCAGACGCCUUAUUUACCCACUAGACAACUCCGCUCAUCUGAUAGUGGCACACUCUUGAUACCACAUGUUAGCCUUGAGACCUACGAGGGGCGUACUUUCGCAUUUGCUGGCCCAUCAAUUUGGAACACCCUUCCUGUCGCUCUCAGAAACGGCCAGUCACUGGACUCUUUCAAAACUGAUUUGAAAACAUACCUGCUGGGAUGAUGUUGUCUAUCUAGCUAUUAUCUUGUGGCUGUGUAUUGGCCUGUGUUGUUUAUGGUUAGACUUAGAAUGGGUAUUCUCGUUUAUAGUUUUUGCAAUGUUGCAUUUUGUAUUUCAAUGUGGUAUAUUAUAGAUUGUUUCAUUUCUCUUUUAAUAUGCUAGACAAUGUACUGCGCUUCAAGCCUUUGGGGAUGAAGUGUGAUUUUCAAAUAAACUUUAUUUUAUAUAUAUAUAUAUAUGUAUAUAUAUAUAUAUAUAUAUAUAUAUAUAUAAUAGAGGUAGAGUGGGGGGGGGGUGUCAAUUUAUGACAAUGUAAUGUAUGACAAGAGUGUCUAACUUUUUGUGCUAAUUUGACAAUGGAGGAGGGGUGGGAUCAAAUAUUAGCCAAAAUAGUGUGACAUCAUUUAUGGUCACUGGGUUCUGACAUUUGGACAGGCAUCUUUGAUUUGUUGAACUUAAAGAUGCCAUUAUAUUUUGUUUAAAUUUGGAUAAAAAUAACAGUUAUGGCACUUGUUACUAGUUGAGAUUUUCCAAAUAUUUCUUUCUUUUUGUAAAAACGUUUUAAAGACAUUUGUUGAUAAACAUUUUCUUUCUAAUUUUUAGUGUACUCUUUUUUUUUCUACAGGUUAAGUUUGUAACAAAAAUAUGGCAUCCAAACAUCAGUUCUGUCACUGGUGCUAUUUGUUUAGAUAUUCUUAAAGACCAGUGGUAAGUACUGAUGAGUUUCCAAGGGUCGGAUCUAGAAACACAAAGGGGCAGCUGCGAUCUUGUUGAAAAUGGGUUCCUAUCAUUCCAUUUUGUCAGGGUUUUCCAAUGUUGUAUUUUUUAUAUUAAAUUUGGGUUGUAGUUUAACUAUAAAAUUUAUUAGUUCUGAUCCAUAAUCUGUAGCUUCUGUGACUAAAAUACAGUCAGUUCUUGCCCAACCUCUGGGCUUGGAUCGAAGUCUAACAGUAGGCCUACUUCAUUACCAUUAAGAGUACUAAGACUAGUAUCAGAUUCAUGAGACUCUGAAGUGAGAUGUCAUGGGAAAUGUUAAAAUCAUCAUCAGUAUCACUUUAAAUCCUCUCAAAAAUAUUUAGAUUAGUUCUCGCAUGGAAGGCCCGGCCACAAAAAAAAACCCCAGCUAUAUAAAAUUCCGAUUAAAAAGUACUUAUUGUUAAGUUAUCAAUAAACAGCUUGACACGGAAGUUGAUUUAAUUAUUAAUAAAAGGAAGUGGCUAUGAUUCCUGUUAAAUAUUGGAUUGGAAGUUGCUAUUAGACCGUGUUUUUUAUCAGCCGAUUUUUUUCGGCUACCACAGUACAGAACAAGAAUAUCGGCCGAUUUCUUCGGCUAACCACAGUUUGAGGGUUAUAUAAAUAAAGUGGGUACUUUUUUCUUCAGAUCCUUUAAAUAGUUUGAACAUAUCACCACCAGUAAAUAAUAUUUAAGGUAUCUUAUUUAAAAAAUGUAUAGAUUUUUAAAUCACAACUUGGCCCUUUGCUUUAUAACUAAGUUAUUAUAAAUUUCAACUUAAAUUUAAAUAAAAAAUAUCAUGAUUAUUUUAUAUACUUUUUUAAAGAAACUUAAAUAACAAUUCUUAGUGAAGGUCCAUAUCAGCAACUUUAUUGUUACUUACAUUGGGAAAAAACUUGUGUCUUUUCUUGUUAAUUUUUAAUUAAGAUUCUUUAUUCAAAAUAAAUUAUUAUUUUUUUAAUGUACGCUUUUUCUUUUGAAAUAUUUAUCUAGGGCAGCAGCCAUGACCUUAAGAACUGUCCUGCUUUCUUUACAAGCACUUUUAGCUGCUGCUGAACCAGAUGAUCCUCAAGAUGCGGUUGUGGCCCAGCAGUACAAAGAAAACAAUGCUAUAUUUCAACGUACAGCUAGACAUUGGACUACAGCUUAUGCUGGAGGUGAGACUUUAAAGGAAUCAUUACUAUCUGCUGAGAGUAAAACAUAAAAGCAUCUGCUUCAAUGGGAGAGAAAAAAACUUUAUCUUACAUAGCUGAGUAUGGCUUAUAUAGUGUAGUCUAAUAGUUUAAAAAAAUCUAUAAAACCAGUAAUUAAGGGGUUGCUUAAGUUAGAGAUGCAAGUUAUAUUUUGUGUGACUAUGUUAGACAAGUUAACUAUAUUUCCAUAGGUCCCAAGAAUGAUAAGGAGCUAGAAGACAAAGUAAAUAGCAUGAAGAAUAUGGGAUUUGAAGAAGUAAGUGUCUACACAAAUUACCUUUGAUUAUUAUAAUAAACUGUUAUAAAGUGUAAAUAAAAAUUUCAAUAAAUGUGUUCCUUAGGGCUAAUUCCACCCAGGUAAGAACUAGUGAACUAGGUUGUUAUAAAAAUGUGUAUUCAAGAGGCAUGGCCCUAGGGAAGUGGGUCAUCCACAGCUUCCUCCUACGACCAUUAUAAGGGGACAUCUUGUUUUAAUGCCUAAAAGAUAUGUAAUUUUUAAUGUGCAUUUUUUUUCUUCAAAUUAUUCUUCCCGCAGUCAUAAAUGAUUUUUUUAAAAUAAAAUAUUAUGUCAACUCAUUAACACAACUGCUUUUUCAUUGUGGGGAUGAGAAGCUAACUUCCCCUCUCCAGGUGAAAGAGUCACAUGACCAGCAAUCAGAAAGGCGCCUACUUUUUAUUUUUUCAUUGGUUAAAAAAAUAACUAUUUGCUGUUACUCCCUGUCACCAAAAUGUAAUUUUGAUCAUUUUGGUGAUAGAAUUUGUGAUAAAAAAACAGAAAUAGCAACAAUUACUUACAAAUCCAUUUCCAAGCACAAUAUAUAAUUACAUACGGUACAGAAAUAAUAAAUCAGCAUGAGUCGAUUUAGCAAUGACAAUUAAUUCAUAAUCGGUCAGCUUCAUCUAUGGAAGCCUAGUGCAAUUUUUUUUUUCUGGUUUCACCCCUGAAAUUGAUGGUAAGGUUUUAUCUAUAACACUACUGUGCACAAAAAUUCUUUGUGGAGAAUGUAUCAUUACUUUAUCUUUGUGCGUAUUUUUGUGAUUUGUUUACUCCCCCAGCACAAGGCAAGAGUGGCUCUAUCAACAAAAGACUGGGACGUGACAAGAGCGGCAGAGUACUUAAUUAGCUAACAUUGUCUAUCCUUAAGUUUAUUAUCAAAGAUAGAAAUAUGGAUUGUUUUUUUGCGCAUGUUCCUGAACCGCCAUGUUUUUUUUUCCUCUUAAUAAUCCUUGUUCAGUCUCAAUAUUUUCUUAAACAUGUCUUUCUCUGAUUGGUGUGAAAGGUUUUUGGCUUACCUGUGAUCAUGGAUGUUGAUAAAUGUGUUUGUGACUUUUGAUUUUAAAUAGAUGAAAUUCGUGAGACCACAAGUGGCGUGAUCUUUUGUUUUAAAUGAAUGUGUGGCCAUUAUGCAUCAUAAUUUUUAUUUAAUAACGCAUAUAUCUACUAAAUUGUAAUAAAUAGAAGGAGAUUAUUUUUGUCGGACUAAUUCUUGUUCUUCAGUUGUGUGAAAACACUGUUUUCAUUUCUAUUGUGGUCAUGUUAGAUUUGUAUGAAUGGAUUCAAUUGUCUUAAGUAUUUGUCAAACAGUGGCACGGCUCGCUUGUUGCAGGAAAUUUGAGAAAAGUGUGUUUUAGCAGAGUUACUUAAGGUUCUGUUUGUGUUGUUGUUUUAGGAAAGAUUGACAGUGCCUGUUGUGAUACUAGGGGGGUGCCAAUCACACUUCCUUUACCACGUGGUUGUUAUGUCCACAGUUCAUUGACAAACAAUGUUUUAAGUGAAUCUGUGAGCAAACUUCUUAAUAGUUGAAUUCUUGAGUAAGGUUUUAUCAUAAUGAUACUGCCAACUGCUUUUCACAAAUUUUCUCUGAAGUAGAGAGAGUGGAAAAACCACUCAUGACGAUGCGACUUAAUUCAAACUAUGACAAUUACUUGAUAAGUUGAUACUAAGAUUCUAUUCAGUUUGUAAAGAUGACAGUGAUCUAUAAUCCAUUCAAUUGUAUGUUCUCGGGUGCUAAUGGCAACAUUUCUAGUUAAGCACCACUUUAAUUUGUAGAUGUGAUUAAAAAGCAAAUAUAGAAUUCAAAAACUGUUCAGUUAUGGUAGAGUAGUAGAUCUUUUAGAAAUUCAAGAACAAUUCUAGAUUGAGUCUCUUAUCAUUGAAUUUGAACUAAAUGAGUUUGAUACAAUGGUCAUCUGACAUUCUCACAUGUCCUGCGCAGCGUAGAUGCUGGGUAGGCCUGCAGGUGCAGCGUAGAUGCUGGGUAGGCCUGCAGGUGCAGCGUAGAUGAUGGGUAGGCCUGCAGGUGCAGCGUAGAUGAUGGGUAGGCCUGCAGGUGCGAUUUGCUCAGUGUCUGGGAGAUUGUCCUGCCAUUUAAAGUUCAGAAUUUUUCAAAGGCUUUUGUAAACUUGUAAGAUGGAAGUAUUUUGAAAUUGGUUCAACUUUCUUGCAUUGCAUUGAUAGCAGGUCCACGUUUUGCAUGCAUUGAGUAGCGUGUGAUGAAUAGUGGCUAAAGGUUAAACUAAGCUUAUGGAAUUCCCCGUCAAUGAUCAAUACAACUGGGAAAUUUCAGGUAAUUUCAAGAAAUCCAUUCUCACAUGACCUGUGAUGGGGUAGGCAUUGGAGCAGAAUAGUGUGCGCAAGGACAUUUCUAUCAGUAAUUUAAAUACACAUUGCACUGGUUGCAAUAAUUUAAAUACAGGUUUUUUUUAAAACGAAUAAUAAAUAUAAAACUGAAAUUUCCCGUGUGUUUUGCUCGGUUUGUUAGUGAGUAACUCCACUCACAAUCUAUUUGUUGUUCUUAUAAAUGGUUUCUGUACCAUUGUUUUUAGGGUACUUGAGAAAUGACAAUCAUUUUUUUUCCACCUUGUUUGCUUCCUUGCGGAGAAUGUUGAGAUGUAUCUGCAUGAUGUCAAAAUCAUGAGUUUGUAUGCCAAGUUAAAGAUAUUUGUUGAUUACUAUUGAAUUAUUGGUUGUUAUCAAUGCUUAAAUGACUGUAUUUUACACAGAUAAUAUUAAUCAUUUGUUAAAAUCAUGUGUUAUUUAUAUGUGAUUCCCAUUCACUUAUUUAAAAAUAAAAAAAUGGAGAGGUGCUGCUUGUACUAAUAAUGAUCAAUUCUACGUGCUAAUCCAUACAAAAAAAUGUCAUGACUACAACCUCAUAUAUCAGAAUAGUGUAUGGACAUAAGAAAUUUAAUUACCGGUGGGAAAGGUAGUGCAAGGUAGUCCACCAUGUUCUGUACAAGAAAUGUCAAUUAGGAAACGAUAGAAAUUCAAAGUCAAUCAACGGCACAAUUCUAAUUUUUAUACUUUCACAGAUAGUUUUUUUUUAUAAGCAAUUAUUUGAAAGAGUCAGUCAAGGGCAAGAUGAUAACAAUUGUAGUAUUUUGUCAUCUUUUUAUAUCAACAAAGCAUGCGUGCCCUGCAACUCGUGCCCUGCAACUCGUAUACAAAUACAUGUCAAGAGCUUUCACCUUAAUAAUAUUAAACUCAAAGACACAUUUUGUGAAAUUUUAUGAAAAAUUACUUAAAUUUAAAUAGACACUUCUCCUGGGACUCGUUUACAUGUCAUGAGCUUUCACCUUAAUAAGAAUAAACUCAAAGACACAUUUUGUGAAAUUUUAUGAAAAAUUGCAUAAAUUUAAAUAGACACUUCUAAAAGAAUGUCAUUCCGUUUAACAUUGAAAUAGCAUGAUAAAUGACAGGCAGUAAGUGUCGACAUGAAACAUGGGGUCGAGUCAGAUCUUGGAACUGGAACAACCCUAACCUACUGACCAGUAGUCCACAUUCCCACCAAAACCACGACCGUCAUCCAUAAAUGUAGUCGCUGCUUGAACUCACGCUUGAUAAAACAAAUACUUCAUUAAAAGGCGUGGUGGGUUUAAUGAAUAAUCUGCUUCUCGGAACCAAUCAUGUGUGAAUUAUUCUAUGGUGUGUUGUUUGACAUGCAAUCGGAGGUGACCAUGCUCACCAGCUUAUGUACUACAUCUGUCACUGUUAAGUUAUUAACACUGUGUGAGUUCACCAAGUACAUUAGACAGGUUGUUUUAACCAACUUCAAAUUUUUGUUGGAGUUUUACUAUUUUAAGUCAUGUGUAG